AGCAUAUUCGGUGUUAUAUCAUUAUUCGAUCCAGAAUCUGGGAAAAAAGGUGGCUAUUAUUUGUUAAAAAUACUCUUACUUAUUCUUCUAUUUGUUUUUCCAUUGGAUAAUGCUGAUCAAUUUUUAUCGCGUGAGCGAAAAGAUAAGAAAGAUCAAGACGCAACAGCGAAAGAACGCGAUGAUAUCUCGGCUAAAAAAACGCUGGAAAAGAAUUCUCAGGCUGCGAUCGCUCCUCCAGCAAUUGAUGCUUCGAAGAAGACUCCGGUCGUCUCGAAUGCUCCUACACUGGUGGAAAAAUCUGAAUCCAAUCUAGUUAUGGAUGCUUCUGAAAAGCAGUCUCAAAGCACAUCACUGGUAAAUGCUUCUAUAGAAGAAAUUUGGGCCUGGCAACUGUUUUUAAACGCUCUUGACCGUUCCAACAGUAAUAGCUCCUUAGAUUUGCCCAGUGGUAUUGAGUGCUACAAAGGAGCCUCCUACAAUGACUUCGCCAAUAGUGAAACCUAG